GUCCUGCUUUAGCGGCCGCCGGUAACCGUGGAACUACAGCAGUCAAACGUCAUUGGCGGACCGAGCAACCUGCUGUUAGGCCCUGUGCCAUGCCCUCGACAUCUUCGACGAUUGCAUUAGCAGAGCUGGUGGGAAGGUAGCGAAGCGCAGCGUGAAAGGUCACUCAGGCCUGCAGGUUAAAGUGCAGCAAGGUCCUGCUCAACAUUCGUUGUGGAGCUAAAAUCACUCAUCACUGUUUCUUGCAACCACAGCGAGCCCUAAUCGCCGCCGCAGUUUGCGGUCUCACUCGAUCCUUAGCAGUCAUGCUUGAAGGAGCACCCACGUUGGCGGCUGGGCAGAAGCGGAAGAGGACAUCCAGCUCCCACACGAUACAGCCUACGCCUCAAGCAAAACACCCGUACUUGACAGGCAACUUUGCGCCCAUACAGCAGACUCUACCCCUCACCCCCUGUACAUAUACCGGUGACAUUCCUGAUGAGCUCGCCGAUGGCGAGUAUGUCCGUAACGGCGGGAAUCCUGUAUCGAACGAAGAUCUCGGUCGCGAUGCCCAUUGGUUCGACGGCGAUGGCAUGCUCUCGGGCGUGUCGUUCCGACGAGAUCAGAAGGCCGGCCGCAUCGUUCCGGAGUUUGUCAAUCAAUAUGUGCUGACCGACUUAUACCUGUCUACACUAUCUUCUCCUCGACUUCGAGUACCGAUUCUGCCAUCGAUAGCGACGUUGGUCAAUCCCGUGGCAUCGGUCAUCUACGUUACGUUUCGCAUCUUCCGGACUCUGUUCCUGGUGUUGCUAAGCUUUCUUCCGGGCUCCAAGCAGAAAAUCAAGAAGAUUAGCGUUGCGAAUACGCAUAUCGUCUAUCAUGAUGGACGAGCGCUGGCGACAUGCGAAAGCGGGCCGCCAAUGCGCGUACAGCUUCCCGGUCUACAGACUGUUGGCUGGUACAAUGGCGCUUGGGCAGAAGGCGAGCGCAAGGCAGAGGAGGCACAGGCGAAAAAGCAGCAGGAAGUAGAGAGAGUGCUCGGUCAAGAUGGUGGCAUGAUUGCUUUCAUGCGCGAGUGGACUACCGCCCAUCCCAAACUCGAUCCGGUUACGAAGGAGAUGAUCAUGUUCCACUCAUCGUUCGCGCGACCGUAUGUGCAAUACAGCAUCAUACCACAGGAAGCGCGAGAGCCGGUCGAUGAGAAGAGGAGCCUGCAGCCACAAUCGAAGAUGCUUAAUGCGGCUGUGCCAGGCAUCUACAGUGCUAAGAUGAUGCACGACUUCGGUGUCUCUACAGGACAUACUGUCAUUAUGGAUCUGCCGCUCGCACUGGACCCAAUGAACCAGAUGAAAGGCAAGCCGCCGAUGUCUUAUGAUUCAAGCCAACCAGCUCGCUUUGGAGUCUUCCCGCGCCGGCACCCUGAGCAGGUUAGAUGGUUCGAGACAGACGCAUGCUGCAUAUUCCACACCGCAAACAGUUGGGAUACUGUUGAUGCCGCGGGUUAUACUACCUCGGUUAAUAUGCUCGCCUGCCGCCUGACGAGCGCUACUUUGGUCUUUGCAACUGGUAACGUUGCGCCACCGGCCGCACGCAAGCCUAAAACGGUUGCUAUGGCGAAACGGAUGUCCUUCUUCGCCAAGUACGACGACCCCAUGAAUGCGUCUGUGUACGAGCGCUCAGCCUUGCUCGAGUCUCCACUAGAGGAGCAAGAAGUCCCGAAUCGACGUGGCGAGGCCGCUGCUGACAGCGAAGAGUACGAUUCCGUCUGGGACGAGAACGAAUGUCGCCUUUACUAUUACAGCUUCUGUCUCAAGACCGGUCAGAUCGAGCACCAGUGGGCACUGUCCACGAUUGCAUUCGAGUUCCCCUCUGUGCGUACAGACCUUGAAAUGCAGGCUGCCCGCUACGUCUACGGCUGCGGUAGCAGCGUGACCUCGUUUGGCUCCGCGCUUGGCAAGGCCACGAAGAUUGAUCUCCUGAUCAAGGUUGAUGUGCAGACGCUCAUCGCAAGAGGGCUGCAAAGACCGCCAAGAAGCGUGACGGGAAGCGUCGACACUCGCUCGAUAGAGGAAAUCCUGGCCAGUAAUGACGACAAUGACCCGAUACGCGCUUUCCAGCUGCCAGAGGGAUGGUUCGCGCAAGAACCACGGUUCGUGCCAGCCUCCACCAACAGCUCGGAAGACGACGGGUGGCUGGUCUUCUACGCUUUCGACGAGUCUCAGCUCACUGUUGACGGCGAGGUGCCAAGUGACAACUCGCCACUCCGCGCCAGGUCUGAACUGUGGAUCGUGAAUGCAAGAGAUGUGAGGACCCUUGUCGCUCGUGUGCAUCUCCCACAGCGCGUCCCGUAUGGACUGCAUGGGAGCUGGUUCACUGCUGACCAAAUCCGGGAGCAGCGUGCGAUCGAGAAUGUCAGGAGCACAGCGAAAGCGCUUGAGAAGAGGGAGGUGGGUUGGUGGAUGAGUUGCAGAGACGUUAUCGAGCGAAUGCUGGGUUAAUUUCACACGGCCCCUGAUAGCCUGGGGAGAUCUGGUGUUCAGGUAUGGACUGGCGCCACUGGGCUUUGAACGUACAGGAUACCAUUGACCCACUCAUGGCGAGACCAUCGACCGGCUGGUCACUUAAUGAUAAUGUACAUUUACGGUUCACCUGGAAUAAUUGUCAUAAUGCGCAUGAUGCGUUGCCCGCCGAUACAUCGCUUGGCUUGGUAUUUACUGUUUCGAC